AUGAAAAUUAUAAAUCCGAGCAGCUGCAAUGUAAGUACCAUCAAUCAUUUGCCAAACGGCAGACCUACGCGAGAGCCAGUGAAAAACGAGGGAGAAUCCGAUAGGAAAGGGGAACAACACGUUGCGAACAAGAAAUCUCACCAUGUAAAGGUGAGUCGUGCACAAAGCGGGGGAGAAAACACCCUCCAUGAAGCUCCCCCCGAACGGAACACCCACACCGAUGAAAAAAAUGAGAAAGAUAAAAAGGGAUCAGGCUCACCCAAAGGAGAGGAAAAAUUAUCAGAUGGGAGCAGAAGCACAACGUCGAACUCGAUACCAACGAUGAAGAUAUGGGAAAAACCCAACGUGGGGGAACAUCCCGGAGGGAGACACUCAAAUGGUGAGUACUCGAAAUGGGCACCACAAAAAAAUUACCAAGACGCACAGGAAAAUGAAAAUAUCAAUGAGGGAAAAAAGAAGAAAGGAAAAAAAAAGAAAAAGAAAAAUGAUCCCCUUCAUGAAGGGGGUAGAAGCAAACGUAUAGACAACGUACCAGGGGAUGAGUCAAACCCUGCAGUUACACCCAAAAACGAAAUUGAAAAAUUAAAAGAAGAAAUAAAAAAGGAAGUAUACAACAGAUUAAGCAUCGCACUAGACAUGAACAUGAAGCUAAACGAAAACGAAAAGUAUUAUGAGCUCUUUAAAAAAAAAAAUUUCAAAAAUACAUUAUGAAUGAUCUUGAGUGGGUGCGCUUACCGGGAGUGGGAGGACCUUUCGGAUGAGUUCACUUUCGGUUCGACCACGGGGAAUGCCGGGAAUGCGGGGAAUGCGGAGAACGUGGGGAACGCGAAGAACGUGGAAAACGCGGCAACGGGGGAAGGCGAAAGUGGAAGGCGCCGCGGGGAAGAAGCUCGGCCUCCGGGAGAGGCAUCCCAAAGAGGGACUCCCCCACGCAGCAGGAAAAAAAAGCGAAGGCUCUCCCCUAAGGGCGACGCGAAGAGGCCCUCUGCGGAACCUGGCGAAAGGAGCAGCCUACACCGAGACCUGGCCCAAAUAAAGCGCAUAAUCAGCACGGGCUACGUGUCUGACGUGAACAACAUAAGCCACGUUAGCGACUGCUUCAACUCGUACCUGUCCGAGUGCAACAGCAGGGACGUCUCCGAGUAUGAGUUCGCGGGGGGGGAGCGCGGCGCGCGUGAUGGUCUACGUGAUGGCCCGCGUGAUGGCCCGCGUGAUGGCCUGCGUGAUGGCCCGCGUGACGAUCUACCUGACGACCUGCGUGACGAUCUACCUGACGACCUGCGUGACGGUCUACCUGACGAGCGCGAGGAGAGCCCCCCCCAAACGUACCUGACCCACUUCCAGCAGCUGUGCAAGCGCGAGAAAAGAAAAAUCCACAUCUCGGCCUCCAAAUGGGUUCUAAAAAACUCAGGACAGAAACUGCAACUCAUGCAGAAGGUAAUAAUUUACUACGAAGGGGAAGUCCUCAAAAGCAUAAAUUAUUUUUUAAAAGCAGAUAUAUUUUCCUUCGACUUGUUGCCAUCGUUUAUUGGGAAUUUUGUUCGCAUCAUGAAGGGCUACGUGUCGCAGGAUGAGGUAGUCAAUCUGCAAAAAAUUGCAUCCCUGAGCAUACUGGAUUAUUACAAAACCCCUCUUUGUUUGGUCUUCACUUCGAAAGAGAUCAUGGUGGCUUCCAUCCUGCGUGCAUACAUUUCGUUGAAGUGGAUCUGCGGUGAGCUGGACCUACAGGCUAUGUCUCUCCAGGAUUUUGAAAAGAAGGCGACCCGCUUCACUCAGCACGUCAGUUCGAAGAACCCCAUCAGCAUAACCCGGGUGAAGAUAGCGUUGCGGGAAAUCAGGCUGUUCGGAGAGUGA